CCACAGAAGAGUUCUUGGCCAGCCAUUAACUCCUGAACACUCUCGUGAAAGGCAUCCCUACCCAAGCAAAACCAGAAAACCAAACCGUGGCAAUUCGUUCAAACUCUUCGACCAAGACGUCCUCUAUUGAGACCGAAAUCAUGCAUCAACAACAGACUCAACCGAAGAUGGCACACCACCCCAGCCUUGUGUCUUAUGGAUCAAAGGCUAUCUCGCGUUACCAAGCAUCUCUGAACAACCUCGAUGCCGACGUUGGCUUCCAUGCUCGAACUCUGCUUCUGUUCACUUGUGAUCAAAUCCUCGACACGGUCAUCCCAGGCACUGCGUUCGGGGUUCUCGCAGCACUCUCAGGUCCCACCCUGGAUCUCCCGGCCCAGUGGACCCUAUCCAUCCUCCCACGCAUCCCUCAAGUCUCCCUCUGGCUAUGGCUUGUCGUUCUCCAGUUCUGCGUGCAGAACCAACGUAGCGAGGGCUCCGUAGCAGAAGACUCGAUCAACAAGCCCUGGCGGCCCAUUACAUCGGGUCGAAUGACCUCCGAACAAGCAGGGAAGUUGUUGGGGGCUACCAAUAUCAUCGCCAGCGCUCUGAGCUAUCAGCUCAACGUCAUGCCUAUCUUCAUCGUCUACAUGUUUCUUAUCACUGCGUACAACGACUACGGCGGCGGCAACAAGUCUGGCGUAGUCCGCAAUUUAUUUUGUGGUGCAGGCUUCUCGUGCUACUUCAGUGGUGCACUGAGUAUUGUCAUUGGUCCAGAUGCUGUCAUGAGCUCUGCUGCGUGGAAGUGGACGGUCAUCAUUGCGUUCGGUAUCCUUGCGACUACGAUCCAGGCUCAAGAGUUCCGCGAUGAGGCUGGCGAUAAGGCUCGUGGCCGACGCACGUUGGUCACUGAGCUUGGCCGGAAGCUGGCACUCUGGACUGUCUUUGUCACUGUGGCGUUCUGGUCUAUCUACACGCCUCUGGGCUUCUUUGCGGGCGGCUGGAAGACUGCAUUGUUGCCGGUGGUCUUCGGUGGUGCACUGCUGGCUACGACUUCCCAGGCUUAUCGCAAUGGCAACAACAAGCUGGAUCGCAAGAUGUACAAGAUGUGGUGUCUGUGGAUGCUCGGCUUCUGCCCUUUGCCAUUCUUGGCUAGGGUUUUGGCUUAAGUGUGGAUGCUGAUAUGGCAGCUGCAGUAGAGAUUAGUGAAGCGGUGUCUGAUGGGUAGUUUCGUUGCGUGUAUAGUUUUCUGGGUGUAUCCUGUAUCAUAUUGGGAAUACG